CAUAAAGUUCUAGGUAUACGCCCAGUGAUUUGAUGGGAAAAAAGCAACUUGGGAAGAUUGGAAUUCACAGAAGAGGCAUUUUUAGGCAUUGUACUGGGUUAAAUUAGAAGAGGCAAGAAUCAGCAGAAGACAAGUUUCCUUACAAAACUAGUUACAGAUAUGGAAGGUGCCAUUAAAACAGUUGUUACGCAGUUCCUGUCCUCAGCACGGGGAAAAGAGAGCUUGGGUGGGAAGAACUUCCAAAAGUUAGUCCAGAGUCAGCUGGGAAACAUCCUGAGUGACACUGACAGCUCUUCAGCAGUGAAGGAUAUGAUGAAAGGCCUGGAUGACAACCAGGACGGGAAGGUCAGCUUCCAGGAGUACCUGACGCUGGUGGGCUACCUGGCCAACUCACUAAGUGAGCAGAAAGCACAGAGCAGCGCAGCCGGUGGACCAUAAGAAGCCCAAAAAGCAUUGAUGACACUGACAAUCAUUUGUAAUGCUGGAGUCUUGCACCAGUAAUGAGAGACUGGGGCUAGUUUUUUACAUUUUUUAAUUAUUAAAAACAAAAAGCACACUGUAUUAAUAAACUGUGUAAAAUUAUCAUAAAUUUGCAUAGAUAACAAAACACAACUCCUUGGCCCUUGUGACUUCCUGUUGUAACGACUAGCCCAGGUCUCCAUUGCAAUUUAAAACCUGCAAUGAUCUAAAAACACUUUUAAAGUCUCUGAUAUUACAAUGAAAUUAUUAAUCUGUUUACAUGUACUCGCAUUAAUGAAUUUAUAAAACAAUGUCUGACCCGUGGCCAUGGACAAGUGCUAAAUCAAGUAACUUUUUGUUACAUAAGUGUUUGCUUUUUUUUUUCUUUUGCUAUUUUUGCUUUCCAUAUAAACAGGUUUUUAUUUCUAAGCUCACAUGUUUUUAUAUACGGUUUAAUUGUUUUACUGGGAACAAAAUAUGCUUGAUAAGUGCUUAAAACGAGGCAUAACUGAAGAAAGCAAGCCAUCAAAUAUACUAAAAACAGAGUCAAUGUCAGUGUUGUAGAUUUGUCAGUUUUGCCCAUUUAAAAAAAGUGAAAUUUCACACAACUGGAGAAAUGUUUUUUGUAUAACCUUUCAAUUAAAAUAUGGAAAUAAUGACAAAA